CUAUCCGGGGUUUAGAUAUCUAUAUCUAUCUAUAUGUUAUAUAUAUCUGAAUUAAUUUGUUUGAUAUGAUAUAGAGAGAGGAGAGGAAGAUGAACAUGAAUAGUAAUAAUAAUAAUAAUAAUAAGAUAGAAAGCGCGCAUCAGAUGUAUAGAGAUGGAAAAUACGAAGAAGCCCUUGAGAAUUACACCCUUGCUCUUUCUUUCGCCAAAUCUGUUCCCCAAAAAAUCGCUCUUCAUAGCAAUCGUGCUGCUUGUUUCCUUAAACUCCAUCUCUUUAAAAAGGCGGCAGAAGAAUGUACAUCAGUGCUUGAGCUUGAUUAUGAGCAUACAGGAGCGUUGAUGUUACGGGCUCAAACUCUGGUCACCCUCAAGGAGUACCACUCAGCAUUAUUUGAUGUAAACCGCCUCAUUGAGUUGAAUCCUUCAUCUGAAGUGUAUCAAGAUCUUGAAGCGCGUUUAAAGACACAGUUGUCCCUUGCUCCAAUACCCGAGGCUGAAACCGAGCUAGAAGAGGAAGAAGAAGAUUACAAUGAAGAAGAAAAUAAAGAUGAAGAAUGUGCUUCAUUGGAAGAAAACAACAAAGAUGAACAAUCUACGUCGUUGGGAGAACAUGAUCUUGAAGAGUGUGCUUCAUCAGGAGUAGAAGGAAACCAUAGCGAUAACUCGAAGGGACCUAUGCUGAAAAAUGAGGUCAGAAACCCAAAAGACUUUAAGAGUGGCAUCACUACUGCCCCUCAAACAGAAAGCCUCAGGGAGGCAAUUCCGAAGCCUAAAGGGCAUUCACGUCUUGAUUAUUCAAGAUGGGACAAAGUCGAAGAUGAUAGCAGCGAAGAUGAUGACGACGAUGAUGAAGAUUCACAACCUCAGUAUCGUUUCCGUGUAAAAAAUAUCGGUGUAAGGUCCGUAAAGUAGACACAUGAGUUAAAAGUUUUAGUAAAUUAUUAUACCUCCCUCCUCAGCCCUUCUUCAUGCGGAUGUGAAGAUGGAGACGAACGAUAUGUGAGACAAUACCUUGUACAGUUUUUAGGGUGCGUAUACUGGAUCAAGAUUAUGAUGAUGGUCCAUUUGAAAUUGCAACCUAAUGAAUUUAGGUUUGGUGAA